AUGCAAGAUGAAGAGCAGGAUGAGGUACUGGCAGCGAUGAAGCAGUGUGAAACCGUAAAAGUGAAGAAAUUUGUGGUACUUGAUUGUGAGAAAAAGCAGCCGGGAACACUUGCUGUUCCUGGGGUUUCAGAUGCAGGCAUUUUAUAUGCUGAUCACUGUCGUGAAACUAUGUGGAAAUGGGGUAGUGGAGAUGAUUCUCCUUCCAAAACAGUAGCUGCAGGCUCACAAGAUGCAAGAAGCAUGUCGGUGACAGAUUUGACUGAACAGCUGACAAGUACUGAACAGCUGGUAACACAGCUCAAGGAGCUUGUCAAAGAGAAGGAUGCUGAGCUUCGAAAUAAAGAUCUUCAGUUAAAGGAGGAGAAGGAAUCUGCUGAUGCCAAACUUUCCAAGCUGAAGCUGCAAAACAAAGCCAAGGUUGCAUCAUUAACCUCACAGUUGGAAGAACUUAAGAAACAGUUAUCAGUAUCAGGAGGCUUAGAGGCAAAAGCAGAACAAAAAAAGGCAUCAAAAGAUGGUGACCAGGAAAAUGCUGCGGCAAAUCGUGGGAAAAUAUUAGUACUGAGAAGGAGAAUUGAAGAACUAGAAUCCCAGAUCACACAAAAAAAUGAAGAGUUACAAAAAAAGAGUGUUGAACUGGAGGCCCAGCGCUGUCGUGGGGCUGAAAUGGAUGCCAUGCUGGCAGAGAAAGAAAAGAAGUUAGCUGAAAGGGAUGCUUAUAUCAUCGAUUUACAGAUAGCGUGCGGAUCAAGUGGUGUUGCCAAUGAAAUACUCUUGCCCAAUGAAGAAUUGAAGAAUCAGCUAGCUGUUAAAGAGUCAUCACUACAAAGCAUGCAGAUUCUAGUUCAGAACCUUACCAAGAAGGUUGGAGACAGUGAAGAAAAAUGUAGCUUGUUCCAGGAACAGAUUGAGAGUCUUAAAAAUAUUCAAAGCAAAGAAAGAGAGCGUUUCCAAGGAAAAGAAGCUACAUAUAUGGAAAAUGCACGUGUGUUUCAAAAUAUUAUCCAGGAAAAGCAAAAAGAACUAGAAGCACAGAGGGAAAAGCAUGAACAGGAGCUCUUUAAAUUAGCUGCUAAAUCUGAUGCAAGUGCUGACCUAGAACAGCUACUAAAGGCCUUGAAACAGAAGCUCCACGAAAAGGAAGAAGUCAUGCUGGGAAGGACACAGGUGAUAGAUGUCUUGCAAAAAGAACUGGAUGCCAAGGACCAGCAAUUGAAAGAGAUUAAUGAAAACCUGAAGCGUCUUCUGUCUGAAAAAGAAAACCUCCAGUCUAAACUGGAUGCUGAGAAACAUGUAAUGAGAGCCCAGUUAAGAGACAUGAUGGAGAAACAUGAGCUUGAAAUGACAAAAGUUAGGGAGAAAUAUAAUGCUGAACUGCAUGAAAUUAAAGAGAAACAUGAAACUGAGCUACAAGAGAAAGAUCAGGCCCUGUUUCAGCUUAAGAAACAAGUGGCAGAAUUAAGUGGUAGUGGACAGACUAACCCAAAAGAAGUUGGAGAUCUGGAGUCUAUAACCAAAGAGAAGAUGGAAGAUUUAGAAGUACAAGUGAAAUUGAAAACGGAAGAGGCCACCAAAUCUGAAGCAAAGUUUCUGAAAAUGAAAGCGUGGUCUAAAUCAAGAAUCAAACAACUGGAGGAUGAACUAAAAAAUUUUUCAUCAAAGAAUAGUGAUGUAUCUGCCUUAAACAAUCGUGUCUCAGAAUUAGAAAUUGAAAAUGAAGAACUACAGUCAAAACUGCAAUCGUUACAUGAAAUCAGAACUCAAAAUGAAGAAUUGCUGACUAAGCUGGAAGUCUAUGAAGAGCAGCAAAGGAAGUUGCAAGCUGAUCUUGACCAAGUUACAAAAAGGGCAGCUUCACAGGCCAGUGAAUCAGGUAGUGUGGAUGAAUUGCAGAGUCAGCUCUUGGAAUGGCAAGAAAACGUACCAGAGUCAGAGGAGUCCCAUGAUCAAGUCAGAGAAGAGAAAUCUGCUAUGGCCUUGAGAAUGGCUCAGAUUGAGGAGGAGAGAGAAGCCAUAGUCUCAGGGCAACAGGAGCUGGAGGAGGAACUGACCACAGUUCAAGGAAUGGGCAGGCUGCAGCAGGCAAGAAGAAAAAACAAUCAGACCAGCAGGAAGCUUCAGGAAGAAUACAACUUUGAUAGAAAACAAUGCUUUCAAGAAUUGAAUGUCACCUUGGAUAGCACUGAUUCAGCUGAAGGAGAAAAUAUGGGAGGUUUACGGAGUGUCGUUGAAGAAUUGGAAUUGGAAAGAAAUCAACUGCAGGAACAAAUUCUUUUUCUAGAAGAGCGUUGUCAGGAUUUGGAAGAUAGAUUGCAGCUUCAAGGUAGAAUGGAGGCUCUUCAG